AUGUCUUUUUGGACAAUGAACUUGAGCAAAAUUCGGCAGGGAAUUGCCUCUUUCAUUAGCCCUAGCCCUACUACAGAGGCACACUUUACCCAAGAAAUCCAAAGUAAUGUGCCCAAUAAUUCAUCAAAAGCAGUCCAUGCUCCACCUCCUACUAUUCCUGGGCACAUGAAUACCAUUACAACCAAUCAGCACAUGGUCUCAUCACAAUCACAACUUCCUUUUUAUCAUACCUCCAACUAUAUGCACUCCACACUUCCACUUGUGUCUCGUCCACAAAUCAAUGGUCAAUAUUUCAUGGUCCCUCCUUCCAACUUUACACCAGCAAUUCCAUAUUAUCCUGUUUCAGGUUCCACUCAAGUACCAACUUUGCUUCCAUCCCAAACUACCAACCAGCACCAUUUGUCUAGUGAACAGCAGAUUGCAAAUCAGAUCCCAAUGGAGGUCCAUUUGCCUUCCCCCACUUUAGACAAAAACACACUUCAAUUGCAGACACAUCUUUCUCCUGAGAAAAAUCAGACCUUGGCAUUCACCCCUACUUUCUCAAAUCAAGUGGGCUCUGCUCAACCUGAUAUUCCCUUGACAGGCCCUUAUGUCAACAGGGACACCCAAUAUGUCUGUUUGAGUGAUCUUCCAGAGGGAAAAUGGAAUACCACUCCACAGGGGAACUUUGCAUUGGAUGUUUCCCAUUCAGAGUAUGAAGGUUCAGGAAAAUUUCAGGUGGAUUGGGCCUGCCAAACCUCCUCUGGAAGGAAACGUAAAGGUGCCUCAUAUGCUUCUUCAUAUUUGGAGAAUGGCCAUAGAACCUACCGUCAAUGUCUUGGCACUAUUCAUUGUGGAAACAAAGACUGUGCAGUUACUAUACGUCCUCAUACCCAUACUCGUGCUGCAAUCCUGAAACAACUCAACCAUUCCUGCAAAUGUGGCAACCGGGAACUCAUUCAUAAUCCAUGUCCAAAUAAAGCUGCAAUCAUACAGUGGUCCGGUGGUGUCCGAUAUAUGAAUGGAAUCCAUGACCACAAUCAUGAAGUUCCUUCAUACAAACUUCAUCUCACCCAGGAUGAGACAGCAGAGUUUGUCCAAUUUGUUAAAAGUAAUCCCCAGGUGGCACCAGCAGCUCUGAUCUCUGGCAAUACUGUUGAUGGAAAAACAGUGACUGAUAUAUCUUCUGUGCUCAUUCAUGCUCCUCGUGUUGGCCGAAUGCGGAAUCAAAUACUGGGACAAGCAAAAAUCAAAGGUGGAGAUGAUUUCAUAGAAGCUUUUAUGCACUUUCAACUGGAGCGACCUGGCUUUAUUGUUGCAAACACUAUGCUUGGUGGGGUCACAGUCAUUUCAGCACAGACUCCAUUUAUGGCAUCUCAGCUUCAUGAUGAGGCACUCCAGGUGGAUGGUCCUUUCAAUGGGAUUAUUUCAGAUGCUGCACAUGGCUGGUGGAAAGUUCAAACAUCAUUACUCAUCAUCAGCUCUGUCUUUUCCCAAAUCCUUCUCCGCUGGAUUCCAGUCCUUAUCAGCUACUCAAAUGGUGCAAGUGCAGCUCACUAUGAAUAUCAUUUCCUUGCCUUGUUUGAAUCUAUUGCACGAAUUGUAGGUGAAAGGAAUAAGACUCUUGUUGAUGAGCUUCUUGCUGGGGUUGUUGAUUUUAGUGAAGCAGAGCGAACUGGUUUUGUCAAUGCCUUUGUCCGGUUUUGGCUGAAGCACACCAACCUUCGGGAUGAAAGUGAACUUCGAAAAAGGGGGGAUGAGCUUUUGCGUGGCUGUUUACAACAUUUCCAGUGUAGUAUAACUCGAGUUAAGCGGAUUGCAGCAAUUGUUCCUGUUGAGCAACAGUUGCACUUUGCUAAAAAGGUGAACAGACUCUUGCAAGCCAAAGAUUCCAAUGAUUUCAAUCAACUGGCAAAAACUCUGGAGGCAGAUUUUCCCAAGAUCAGGCCAUGGCUUCAUUGGUGGUUGCGUCCGGAACAUGCUUCGAUGCUUUUUCAAGCUAAGCGUAACAUGGAUCCUUUGCUUUGGCAUUCACUUCCUGAGACCACAAAUGCUGAAGAGUCUAUUCAUUUUAGCAUGUAUGCACAACAAGGGCGCAAACAUGCAUUUUUUGCAGGCUGGGAGGCACUUUGGAAGAUAGUUCAAACUUAUGAAAAAUUAUUUAAUGCUGAACGUAUUGGUCAACCAACACAUUGGGGCAAACCACCAUUACAUGUCCGUCAAGCAUUGAAAGCAAAGAUAGGCCGUACUAAACGUUCACGUGCCCUGAAAGCUAUCAAAAUACGAAAACAGCAGUAUCAUAAUGAUGGUCGACCCCCAGAUGAUAACCGUCUGUUGCGUCAAAAAUUAAACUCUAAGGCCAAGUCAUCACUUACCUCCCGGAAACAACGGGUGUUCAAGCCUGUAAAGACAAAAACACUUGCUACUUCCUUUCAUAUUGAUGAUUGGUCUGGCAUAACAAAGACUGAUGAACCUUCCCAGCCUAAUGCAGAAGAGUGGACAGGCAUUACAGGUGGAACAGUGGAGUGGAAUGAGAUAUCAGAUAAAUCACAGGAAAAUGCAGGUGGUACCAUAGAAGGGUUGCAUGGAGGCACUGUAAUUUCCUCAAGUUCAGCAUUCAUGAAGCAGUGGCUUACACAGGGUACCAAAACUCCUGAAGUUCAAGCUUUGUGGAUAUAUCCACAAUCCCUCCCUGUUAAUUCUCCCAACAAGUCUGAAGCAUCCAGCCCAGUUCUUCAAAUUCCUCAUGAUGCCCUUGCCAGAUACUCAAAGGAUACCCUUGUUGAGAAUGUUAACAGGGAUUUCUGUCUGAAACAGGUAGAGUCCCGGUCAACAAUUCUUGUUUCAUCUACAUUGAAGAUGAUUCCCUCUUACAAAUGGGCUGAUAAUUCCUGCUGGUUAGAUACAAGUCUUGAGGUUCUAUUCUGGCUUCUCAAUUGUAACUGGAAUGAGGUUGCCUUAGUCUUCGAGACCUCAUCUGCAGAGCAUCAUCUCUUCCAUCCCAUAUAUUGCUUGCUGAGGGCACGGCGCUUACUGCUUGUUGGUAGUAACAAAGACAUUCAGGACCAAUUGACAUCUCACCGUGAAUCAAUACGGCAAUACAUUAAAGAGGACAAGAGCAAUGUGUUGUCAUAUGGAGGUAGCACAACAUCUGUAGACAGCUUGAUGACCUGGUUCUCUGCCUGUAUAGACAUUCCAAUCAACCACCCAAACACUGUUACAGAUACACAGAAGAGUGCAUCUCAUCUUUUUGCUGCUUAUUCAAUAUCCAUACGGUACUGUAAUGCCACCCCUGUCCAUAUUCAACUCACUUCCCCACACCCUGGACCUGCACCCAGAGCCACUCAAGGUCCUUUUGCACACCAAUGGUCAAGCUGUCAAGGCUAUUUUCAGGACUGGAUUCGGAAUUUGACAACUAUCAAUAAAAGUUUGGACCAGUGUGCAGGUCAACAAAUCCGAUGCUGGCGUCAAUCCUGCAAUGAUACACAGAAAACACAACUUGUAGAUAUUAUUAUAGGGCUCCCAGUUUUCUGGUGUGUGACAAUUCACCCUGAAGACAAUCAGCUUUGGGACUUUCCACGGAUUUUAUAUCCUGUUGCUGGUGAUGAAGCAAAGAAACAUCAGUUUGUCUAUGAAAUGACAGCACGAGUUUUUUCCAACCAGAAUCACUUUGUCACCCGCUUUGCCACUUCUCUUGAUACUCCAAAACAUGCAACAGGAGUCUUCUUUUAUGAUGGAAUGCAGCAUGGUGGACAAGCACAGAGAGAAUCAGGCAAGCUUGAUCACUUACUGGGUGGCCGUUUCCCAGUGAUGCCAGAAGAUUAUCAGAAUUUGGGGUACAGGACUUGUGCUGUCAUGUAUCAUCUAAAAGGAGGUACUGCUGCUCAGGCAUGGUUCAGCAAUAGACAGAUUUCAUUACUGCAGAAACAUUUACAAGUUUCCAUCACUCCCAACACAUCUUCAAGAUAUCCACUACUCAAUGCUUCAACCUUAUUUCUUGCUCCCAAAUUUUCUCUUAUUCCUCUCAAUAAUCAGACCUGGCUCUCCUCUGGUGAACUUAAAAAAUAUAGGAACCGUGGAAAUGCUCCUAUAGAGUAUCAGGAUUUCCAAGCUCAAACAUUACCACUCUCCACACCAUAUAAAACACCAUCUGUUGCAUCCUCCAUCUCCUCAGCCCCUCACUCUACAAUGUCUAUUGACUCAGAUGAAUAUGCCACUAUUCUACAAGACAUUACUGGAGACUCUGCACACCCUCAGUCACCAACAGAUGUCAAUGUUUUCUCUAGUUCUCCACCACCUAGCUCCCCUGCACAUGUGAUUUGUCGCUGUGGAGUAGAAACAGAUGGUCAUCAACAAGAGGCAAUAUCGGGACGUAUAUUCAAUGGCAAAGGUGUUCUGGUCCGGGAUGGUUUAUUUUUCUUCCCUGCCCGUCUCAUUCAGAAAGGCCAUAAGUUUUGCUCUAUCCGAUGGUGGAGGCACAAUAUACCUGCACCUGGUUCUUCACAACAACCUGGAAAGAUUGCCAAGGUAUCUAUUGAAGAUAUUAAAGAUGAGUUAUGGCAGAACAGAGCAGCCAGGAGGAGAAUUCGGCUUGGCAAAUGGGUACGAGCAUUUAUUGCAGAGGAACAAGCAGAGGCUGCUUGGGAAGAUCCAAAGUUCCUUCCAUUCAGUUCUGAGAUUGACAGGGCUUUACAACCAAAUAUAGGAAUACUGACUCAACUUAUGAAUAAUCCAGAUAGUGUUAUAGAUAGUUUGUGCCCAGCCAAAAAAUGGCAAGCUGGCAUGAAAAGAGCUACCAAAGCCAUAGAGCACUCUGGAGGACUCACUGUAGAUGAUUGUGCUCGUAUCAAUAACUGGUUCUAUACAGUGAUACCAGGUGCUUCACAAAAGCAGCAUAUAUGGAUCGGUGCCCUACCUAUUGCACAUGCUCGCACCUUGGUACUUUUGCACCGGCAUCAAUCAGAAUUCAUUCAUGAAGUAGAAGGGGCCAGUAUAGUUGAACUAGCAUUUAAUAGACUUGUAGCUUGGACAGGGAAAACAGUUGAUGGGAAGGACAAGUUGUAUGAAAGAGUUGAUGUGGAUCUAGAGGCAUUGCAGUUACUCGAAAAAUCAGUUUUUGAUAUUUCUGAGGAUGCAGGAGUUGCAGGAAAUCAACAAUGGGGUCUUGAUGCUGGAUCUCAUCUGCAAAACUGGAAUCCCUGGCUAGAGUAUGGUCCUGAAAGCCAUUGCACAAACAAACGUGAAGGAGAUGAUGAGGUUGAGUGCCAGCAUGGCCCAGAUUUUAUAGAUGACCAGAAACAACACUUAAUAAAUACAUUCAGCAAUCAGCCAAAAGCACGGCCUAAUCAAGUCAAAAAGCGGUGGAUAAAUGAUGAUAAUUUGGCCAAGGAGAACUCCAAAAAGCAAAAAAUGAAUGUAUAA